CCAGUCGAGUUGACGAGACCAUCAUCGUCUCCUCUCGAAUUCGACGUGCGUUGUGGUUCAGAUGGAGUGAGGUGAAGCCCGCGGAACCGCCGCGCGCUUAAUUUGUCGCGAUCUUCACAAAAGCCAUUGUCGACCACACCAGGGCGUGAUGGCCGCGAAGGAGGUGUGCGGUGGACGCUGGUGCGAGCGCGGACCUGGGGGAAUUUGUGAGGGCCUGGGGGAAGUUGUGGUCUUGAGACGCCGCGUUGGGCCUUGGAGCGACGCGACCGUCGGACUCGUGCCUCGGGUGCCUAGCAAGAUGUGUUGGGUGGGGUGUUGUGUUGCGGCAUUUCGUUUCUGGGGACGCUUCGGUGCCGGAGACGCAUCUUGCUGGCAUGAGGUCAUGCGUAGAGGCGCGGUCUUGCUGGCAUCGAGGACGUCGCGGGCUUCCGUUGCAUUUGUUGGGGAACGACGGCGGUCAGCGGCGGGCGCGAGGCAUGAUUUCUCGCGAGCGGUCCGUCGUGUUGAAAGGCGCGACGUCGUCGACGCGUUUUGUGGCGAGGGGUGGUGAUGCGGCGGGCGGGGAGGUGUGAUUCCAUCGCGUCGAGGCCGGCGCGACGCUUCGCUGACGACGACAGGUCUGAUUUAGUUGUUGUAACGUGUUUUUGC